AGUUGUUGGUUGUCAAGUUGUUGUUUUGUUCAGUUCUGAGGUGUAUUUGGAGGGAACCACCCGGCCAGCAUUGAUUCGUCACAGUUGGUUUUAUCAUUUUAUCCUAGCCUUUGACAUCAGACUGAAUAUUUUGGAUGGAAGAAAUUGAGGCUGAAUAUGUCAAAACUGUCUCUGGGAGGGACUGCAUCCUCUGGUAAAUUGAACAGUUGGGUACAGCCAUCGUUUGGUGGCCUAAUUGAUAACUCUGGUCUGAGCAACUGCUCCUUGAAGAAAGGACAGCGCAGGACGGGAGAGGGCAAAGGGAAGGGGAAGGGGCAGGCAGCGGGCAGUGAGUCCAGCAGUGGCAAGCGUCCCUCAAAGAAGAGGAGGGCCGACAGUGAGGCCUCUGAGUUUCGGUCACUCAGUCAGGAGCUACUGACCUCUGAUCAUCAGGAUGAGCCAUGGGUGGAUAAACACCGGCCGUGCUCUCAGGCCGAACUGGCUGUCCACAAGAAGAAGGUCGAGGAGGUUGAAAACUGGAUCACAUUUCAUUUAGAUUCUAAAAACACAAGCAAGCAGGGUGCCACAAUUCUUCUUCUGACUGGCCCAUCAGGAUGUGGGAAAACGGCCACAGUUCAAGUGCUGGCCCAAGAACUGAACUACCGGGUCCAAGAGUGGACCAACCCGUCCACCGUCUCAGAGUUCCGCAAUGAUGACUCUUUCAGGGAAACCUUCGACCCACAUUCGAGGUUUAAUGGUUUCCAAGGCACAUCACAAACAGGAGCAUUUCAAGAGUUCCUGGUCAGGGCCAACAAGUACAACCGUCUGCAGAUGAGUGGAGACAAUAUGGACACCGAUAGAAAAGUCAUCCUAGUGGAGGACUUCCCAAACCAAUUCUACAGGAACCCAGGAUGCUUACAUGAUAUCCUUAGGCGUUUUGUGAAGACGGGCCGGUGUCCGCUAGUGUUUAUCGUGUCUGACAGCCUGAGUGGUGAUCGAGGCUCUAGACUGCUCUUUCCCAGAGAGGUGCAGGAGGAGCUGAACAUCACCAACGUCAGCUUUAACCCUGUGGCCCCAACAAGCCUGAUGAAAGUCCUUAGCCGCAUUGCGACCUUGGAAGCAGGAAAGAGCGGGGGCAGGAUUUCCGUGCCUGAUAAAGCCUCUCUGGACCUCCUGUGCACGGGCAGCUCGGGUGACAUCCGCAGUGCCAUCAACAGCCUACAGUUCUCUUCCCUUACUGACCUCUCUCUGGAGAAGAGCCUGUGGGCUGCCAAGAAGGGGAAAUCUGUGGUGGCGCCCCCCAAGAAGGCAGCGGGGAGCAAGGCCAAGGUCAGGAGUCGCUCCUCCAGGAGUACGGAUGCCCAGGAGGAGAGCCAGGCCAUCGGGGGCAAAGACGCCUCCCUGUUCCUCUUCAGGGCACUGGGCAGGAUCCUUUACUGCAAACGUGAGGUGUUUGAGCCCUCAGAAGAACCAAAGCUACCUGAGCACUUAUCAGAACACAGGAGGGACAAACUACUAGUCGACCCUGAGCUGGUUGUUGAGCGGUCGCAUAUGUCCGGGGAGUUCUUCAGCCUGUACCUGCAGCAGAACUAUGUGGACUUCUUUUCGGACGUGGACGACGUGGCGCGGGCCAGCGAAUACCUGUCUGAUGCCGACUUCCUCACCGCAGAGUGGACUCAUCGCUCCACCAUGCUGGGGUACGGCUCAUCGGUGGCCACCCGGGGCCUGAUCCACUCCAACUCCGCCAGGGCCAGAGCAGAUUGCCACACCAACGUGGGCUUCAGGCCCCUGCACAAACCUCACUGGCUCCUCGUCAACAAAAAGUACCGGGAGAACUGCCAGGCGGCUCAGUCGCUGUUCAUAAGCUUCUGCCUUACACCUGUCGGACUGCAGACAGAACUCGUGCCGUACCUCAACAAACUCAACAACCCAUUGAGGAACCCAGCCCAAAUCGCCUUUCUUCAGGACGUUGGACACCUCCCUCUUAGGAAAUUCCCCGGCAGGUUGAAACUGGAGGCUCUGAGUGAUAAAGACCCCGGGCGGCUAGAUGACGACACAGAUACAGAAGACCAACCCAGUGACGCGCCCCUCGCAAAGGAGAGUAUUGAUCCAGCGUCAUCAGGGGCUGGGGCUGAGGCUGAGGCUACCCCAACCCCAUCCUGCAGUCAGGAAGCUGGGGCAGACAUGCCCAUGAGCCAGCCUCAACCCACCAACUCCGAAACCCUGCUGGACGAAGAGGAUCUGAACAUAGAGGAGUAUGACAGUGACUGAGUAACCUUGAGACGAUGUUGGACUGAUGUUCUUGAAACGUGUUUGAAAAGAGACAAAUCCAGACGAAUGGGUUUGGUUUUCUUCACCCAUCACUGCCCGUGAUUUUUGUUUUAACGACGGUAAUAAUAUCACUUGGGUUUUUCUUUGUAAUAUUUAUUGUUGUAUUGUGUGUUGUUCCUGUUCGUACUACAUACAGUGGAGAGAAACGUUACCAUGAACCAGAUGUGUGGAUUCUGGAUGUUGAUGGUAGUACAGAGAAUGCUUGGAAUCUCCUCCUAUGUGAAAUAUUUAUGUUUUUUUUUAUUUUCAGAACAUUUGUGUGAAUGUUGUCUGAGCUACCUUUUUCCAGGAUGUGUACAAAUGUGAAACUCUUUGUAUAUUUGUAUGUGCUGCAAGGACUUUUCCCCUCCUUGUCCACUAAUACAUAUUUAAAUAGUGAAAGCAUCAUACCUGUAGCAGGAAGUGGAUUUGUAAUUUGAAUACCAGACAUUUGUUACCAUAGCUAAAAGCCAUGGUUCGGCUUAAUAAAAAGAGAAGAGGAAAAGUUU